AUGAGUAUCAGUCAGAAGGAUUAUCUCAAAAAGUAUAUGGAUGGACCGUCAGAUGGGAAGAAGAAAAAGAAGUCCAAGAAAGAAAAGAAACAAGUAAAAUCUAAUGGGUAAGUCUUCGAUUAUCUUUGCCUUUUUUGUGCAAGAUUUAUUUGAUCAUUUAGAUGUGACGGAGUUGUUCAAUUUACUUAUAUUGUUGUAGUUGAAGUAUAACAUUUUUUAGUAUGCGAAUAGUCGAUGAAGACGCGUUUAUGACCGUGGAACCGACUCGAGGUCCUCGAAUGGACAUUGAAUCUGAUGAGGAAGAGGAAGAUUUGGAUGAGAUUGUCUUACGGGAAUAUCAGAAUAAGAACGGAUUCAAGGAGACGUUCGAAACCGUCGAAAGUAAGUUUUUCUCUUCUUUUUGGUUUGAUGUUUAGAUUAUUAAGCGUAUUGGGUGAAGCAUCUAACAAAAUCUAAUUUUAGUCAAAGCAGAGCAUCCAGAAUCUGAUCAGCGUGAAGAUGGGAAUGAUAAACGAGGAAAGGAGUCGGAUCGAAGAAAAAGGAAUGAUUCAGAUGACGAAGAGGUACCUAGAAGUCGGAAACGCCACGACUCCGACGCUUCACCUCCCCGACGACGAAGAGAUUCGGAUGCUUCUCCUCCACGACGUCGAAGACACGACUCUGGAUCACCUCCGAGGAGAAAACGGCAUGACUCUGAUGAAGAUGUACCGAGGCGUCGGAAACGGCAUGACUCGGAUGCCUCACCUCCCAGAAGGCGGAAAGAUGGCAAUAGUAGGAUACGAAAGGAUUCUGAGUCUCCAAAACGACGAAAACGAGCAGAUUCGGAUGAAGAUGUGCCGAGACGGAGGAAACGGCACGAUUCAGAUGAAGAAGUCGUUAGAAGAAGAAAGGAUUCAGAUGCCAGUCCUCCGCGGAAACGGAAGAAUUCGGACGCUAGUCCACCUAGAAGACAUGUCAGAGUAAAAGAAGAGCCAGACUCAGAUGAAGAGGUGAAAAGGAUAAGAAGGAAGGAUUCAGAAGGUGAUAGAGACGUGAAAAGGAGAAGGAGAAAUGAUUCAGAUAGUGAUCAAGAAGUUAGAAGGAGGAAAAGAGCUGAUUCGGAUGAAGAUGUUCCAAGAAAAAGGGUUAAGGAAGAACCAGGUUAGUAUUUUUGGUUUCUUUUUUUUUAUUAUUUAGGUACCUCUUCGAAGUUUUUUGCAGUUUAAUGUUUGUUAUCCAACUUUAGACUCUCCAACCGUCAAGAAAUCAAGGGAAAAUGGCGGAGAGAACAAAGAAAAGAAGAAGGCCGGCCUUUUGAGUCGUCAUGAGAUGAAGAAACAUGAAGAAGACAGUGCCAAGGAACAUUCGGUAAGUAAAAUACGACAAAUUUUGUGAUUAAAUGGCUCAUUUGUUCUAGCUACAGGUUUGUUUUAGAUAUUCGAUGAUGCUGAGCAAUCCGGGAAGUACGCUGAAGCUGUCCAUCGAGAAUCAAAUUAUGGCCGAAGGAAAAAAGAAACAAAAGAAGACAAGGAACGGUUGGAAAGGGAAGCCAAGGUCCAAGAGGAAAUCAACAAGAAAUACAAAGAAGUCAGCAAAGGUGUGGUGCAACAGCAAAAGGUAGGAAUGCUGAUAGCUAGUGCAAUUUAAAAAUGUUUGAAAUUUGUUUAUAAUUUUGUUUUUUUAGCGAGAAGAGAAGAAAAAAGAAAUGGCCGAGGUAUUGCAAGAAGGAUUCACGCGCUACAGGGAUGAUGAAGCCAUGAAUGAUUAUAUGAAGGAUCAGAUCUUGGAUGAAGAUGAUCCGUUGGCUGAUGUAAUGAAGAAACGGAGAAUGAAGAUCAAAAUGAAAUCAGAAUUAGGUAAGCAGAAUUUAGAGAGUGUUUUCUGGAGUUUUUGAGAUGCUUCCUAAUAUUUUUCAUAUUCAACAUGGUCUAAUGUCAUAUUCUUUUCAGUAUACCCCACCUACAAAGGUCAUUGGCCCCCAAAUCGCUUCCAGAUCCCCCCUGGCUACAGAUGGGAUGGUGUGAAUCGCUCCAACGGAUUCGAAGACAAAUUGGCCCGCAGGGCGAACGACGACGAAGCCCGGGAAAAAGCCAUGUACAGAUUACAACAAGAACUCAAUGAAUAA